GGAAAACCGGAAAAAUAUGGUCGGCACCGAUCAUAGACGAUCUAAUCUAAUCUAUGUAGAUGAUGCAAUAGACGCCUGACUCAUCAAGCCAGGGAAUUGAAGCUCCUAAGUAGCCUGUUGCAUGAGUAAUUCUCGAGUCUGUGCUUGUAGAGUCUUAGCUUUAUGUACCGGCCGUAUAACACGCAUUGUACUCGAGGUCGUAUUGGCAAUGUGGUAGCGUUUCGACUAUUUGGGCUGAGGCCCCUCUAGCCAAAUCCAUGCCGAUUCCUGGCCAAAGGCUGUGGUCGCCGACGGAUUAAUGUCCUGCAACAUAAAGGUGCGGUCACGCUGGUGCGUUCGACACAUUGUUUUACCUCUUACGGUCAUCUGCACUUCUUUGAUGUUCGCUCUCUUUGCUCAAUACUCCUGACAUGAGCUAUACACAUCCCCCGGUCACAGACAGCGAGAUCAUUCAAUACCUUUAUAUUCUGCGCUACUUCGGACACAGUCUUCAGGAUAUUUACCCACUUUAUCCCCAUCCUCGAGUCCCUCUAGAGAAAGGUCCUAUAGCAGCGACGCUUGAUGCGCUAGCUGCAGCAUGCACCCUUCAAGCAGAUCAGGAAACUGCUCUCGCCAUCGUACAAGAGCCAGGCCAAGCACUCCUCUAUGUGUCCCAGACAGGCACGGUCGAUCGUCGUCUAGCUUCUCAUCUCAAGAGGCUUUGGGCGUUGCUGUACCAGUAUAGAACCGUUCAGUUUACUGAUAGUCCUAAUGCCGACGAUGAACGACGUUGUCUGCGACGACGAAUAUGCAGGUUUUUGUAUCGGAGGUGUUUCCGACCAUACCGCUUUUCCGAGCGCGAACGAGUGUCGUUUCGUACCUUCUCUGAGGUCAUGAGGAAUGCACAAGAUGUGUAUUUAGCCGGUGAUCUCACCUACAUUCUUGAUGUGCUCGAGUCGCAUUCGCGGUAUGAUUCGCACUGGGACGACGAUACUUUAUACCAGUUCGCGGUGUCAAACGCAAACGUCGCCCGGGACCUCGCAAAGUGUCCAUUGUAUAAGUGGGAGACUGCAUUCAAAUCAUUGAUAAAAGAUCGGUCAGACGUGUAUCCAGAAAUUAGGAAUUUCUCGCUACGGAGAUAUGCAGAGAAGGCUCUUCUGUUUGACACUCAUGUCAAACGCCUUCUUCACGUAGCAGAGCCCAAAUCACCCACCGUCCGCCUCGGAGUGUUCCUAACUUUACCGCUACACCUCAUCACAAUAUCGUCACAUCCGUCGACUUCGAUAUCCGUCGAUGUGUCUAUCGAUACCCUCCUCCCCCUGCUCAACCACGAGCUGGACCCUUCAGCGACCCCACUCACGGCAGAUCUACUCCGACAUCGUCGAGAUGAAUCGUGUCCAGAGAUGUCGGGUGUAGACACCGUCGACCUUUCAGGAGUAUGCCCGCAUCCGGAACUUACACUCCUCGCCUAUCUAUACAACCAUUGCAAAAGCGCCUUUCCAUACAUCGGACUAUCAAGACCAACCUGCUACGCAUGUUUCCGAUGGUUUGACGCUUACAACGCGAGAGUGAAUCCGAGUGGUGACAUUCCAUAUCGUCUAGAUGGUCCUGACCCAGAGUUUCGUCUUCCCUGGGUCUUACCACCACGUCUCCAGUUUGGGUGUGGAGUCUUUGGUCUUGGUGAGAGUGAAGGACUGAGAGGGAGUGGGUCUGGGGAAGUUAGUGGCGAAUUGAAUGGAGUGUUGUGGGAGAUGUUCGCUAGGACUGUGAAGCAAGACGUGAGAGAUUUGUGGAUGCGAGCGGUGUCUUUUCAGAGAGUUUCUCAUAAGAAUGCGGAACUGCUAGGUAAGGAUCGUCGUUUGUUUUGUAUGGUACAAUCAGCUGACGUUGGAUUCAAUUGGCAGAGAGGUUGAACCGGAUAGCUGGGAAACACCAACUCGACGAUGAAGAGGAGGCGAAGGAGGCACUUGUAUCCGUUAUGGAGGCUCUGCGAACUGAAGAAAUUGCUAUCCAGGUUUCCUCAUGAUACACGCCCCUCACGCUUUUGGACACUCUUAUCACCCAUGAUAUUUACUAUCUUGGUCGUUGCUAAUAGGGCGAUUAGUCCUGGACUUUGAGAGAAGUUUUUUUGUUUUGACAUUAUCUACGUAGAACCAUACAUCUCCAAUGAAAGGACUACUCAGUAUAUCAUAGAACGUCAUAUCUGUACUACCUAUUGUAUUUUGUGUAGCAUAGCGCAAUCGAAAUCAAAAACUGACAUCAUCCUGUCCUCGACCAUGUA